ACAAAAACGGUUUUCUAAUCAUUUUUCGAAUUCAGUGAGAACAAUGGCAAAUUCAUCAGUAGGAGUGGAAAUUGUUCAUGAAAAUGGGACCCAACAACAGGUUGUUGAAAUUGAAGAGUUACUUCUUCCUGCAACUAAUGAUGAUCAUGGUGGAAUCAUUGUUGAUAUGAAGGAGCCUAUGGAGCCUUCUUGUUUUGCUACUUUGCUCAGAGCUUCCAUGUCACAAUGGAGGAGACAGGGAAAAAAGGGUGUUUGGAUAAAAUUGCCCAUUGAGCUGGUAAACCUAGUUGAAACUACAGUAAAGGAGGGGUUUAGAUAUCAUCAUGCUGAGCCACAGUACUUGAUGCUUGUUUACUGGAUCCCUGAAACUCCAAGUACAAUUCCUGCGAAUGCUUCACACCGAGUUGGCAUUGGCGCGGUUGUCAUUAAGGAUGAAAAUCAGUUACUUGUGGUGCAAGAAAAAGCUGGUGUAUUCAAAGGAACAGGUGUGUGGAAAAUUCCCACUGGAGUUGUUGAUGAGGGGGAAGAUAUUUUUCAAACAGCUAUAAGAGAAGUGAAAGAAGAAACUGGAAUUGAUACUGAAUUUUUGGAGGUAUUAGCAGUAAGGCAAACUCACAAGGCAUACUUUGAAAAAUCGGAUUUGUUGUUUAUGUGCAUGCUGCGACCCGUGUCUUUCGAUAUACAGAAACAAGAUCUAGAAAUUGAGGCUGCACAGUGGAUGUCAUUCAAGGAAUAUGCAGAACAACCAUUGAUGAAGCAACAACAUGGAUUUUUCAAGUGCAUAAAUGACAUAUGCUUAAAAAAGCUUCAUGGGACUUACAAUGGAUUUUCACCUCAAAUUACAAAAUCAUCUUUUACUAGUCGAUCAAGUUAUGUAUAUUUGAAUGAGAAAGACUUCAAUAAUUGAUCCCCACUUACUACUUCUCCCUCAUAAUAUUAAUCAUUUUAUGUAUCAUUUCCUCAUCAAUUAUGUACUUGGUUUGAUUGUCCUAUAUUAUAAUAAGAUGGCUCUCACUCUUUUAUGAA